AAACAACGCUUUCCUUUCCUGUUUGUGUUUUCUCUCAAAGCUCCACACCACGCUGUCCGGACAAUGGCAGUGUUGCUACAGCGCCCCCACGUGGCUGUGACCUGUCUGCUUUUGUUGUGUGUGACCGGUGGCCUGUCCAUGCCAGACCCCAGGCACAGAGAGGCCCUUAUACAGCUGGAGGCCUCCAUGCAGACAGGAGGCCAGGUAGUGUUGACUGAUGCUGAGCAGCGGCUGGACACCCUUCUGUUUCAAAUGAAGCAGGAGGAGAUGGUGAGAGCAGACUUCCCUCCCGCCAUGCACUUCUUCAAGGCCAGGGACCUCAUCAGGACCAGUCCAAUCUUCAGCCUGCUCCAGAAGAUGCCUAAAGGGGGAGCUCUCCAUGUCCAUGACUUUGCCAUGGUAGACGUGGAGUGGCUAGUGAAGAACGUGACCUAUCGGCCCCACUGCUACAUGUGCUUCACUGACAACCAGUCCAUCAGAUUCAUCUUCUCGUCCGGAUGGCCCAAAGCUCUGCCACGCUGCUCUCCCUGGGCCCUGCUGGAAAACCUCCGAGCCAAGGUGAUCAACACCACGGAUCUCGACAACAGCAUCAUGGGCAACAUGACACUCUUCACUGAUCAGGAUCCAGAAACGGUGUACCCCAGUCAGGAUGUGAUAUGGGAUACGUUUGAACAGGUCUUCCAGGCAGCGUGGGGCCUGGUCACAUACGCUCCAGUGUUCAGAGACUAUUACUACCAAGGUCUCACCCAGUUCUACAUGGACAACGUCAUGUAUCUGGAACUUGCGAAGGCAUACUCCACCGUUUUUAGUUUUUUUGUUGCUCAGAUAUACGAGUUGGACGGCAGCACUCAUGACACAGCCUGGACUCUGAAGACCUACCAGGAGGUCACCAGACAGUUCACAGCAGAUCACCCAGACUUCUUUGGAGCAAGAAUCAUCUUCACAAUCCAUAGGGGAGUAAAUGCAUCCGUGAUGGCCAGAGUUGUGGAGGAGGCUAUGAAGCUACAGAGAGACUUCCCAGAUGUCAUGGCUGGUUUUGACCUGGUGGGCCGCGAGGACAGAGGCAGACCCCUGUGGUACUUCAGAGAUGCCUUGUCACUGCCAGUAGAGAGAGGGGUGACGCUUCCUUUCUUUUUCCACGCUGGAGAGACCGAUCUUGAGGGCACAGAGGUGGACCAGAACUUGUUGGACGCUCUUUUGUUAAACACAUCCCGUAUUGGCCAUGGAUUUGCUUUGCUGCGCCACCCAGUGGCCAAAGAUCUAUCCAGAAAGAGAGGGGUGGCUCUGGAAGUGUGCCCUAUCUCUAACCAGGUGCUGAAGCUAGUAAAUGAUAUGCGAAACCAUCCGGCAGCUGCACUGAUGGCAGAGAACCACCCAGUGGUCAUCAGUUCGGAUGACCCGGCUAUGUUCGGGGCCUCUGGACUCUCUUAUGACUUCUAUGAAGCUUUUGUGGGCUUUGGUGGGAUUAGAUCCCAUCUAGGCUCCCUUAAAGAGCUGGCCUUAAACUCUAUUAGGUAUAGUUCUUUGACUGCAAAGCAAAAGGAGAAAGCCCUGGCUCUGUGGCAGAGAAGAUGGGAUAAGUUUGUCUCCGAAAAUGCUUUUUAAGAAAGAAGCUGAUAUUUUUUUUAAAUAUUUUCUGUAGGGCAAUCUUCAAAUGCCUUCAUGUUUCCUUUGCAAAAGGAGUGCCUUGAAGCAUGGGUAAAUUAUAAAUGGGAAUGGAAAAUGUGAAUAACAGUGCUGCACAGAACAAAUACGGGACAACAAAGCUAGUUUGGGGUGAGAUAUUCACAAACAACAAUUUGGCAUGUUAAACAUGAUGAAUAAGAAAAUGAACGACUGUCAUAGAACAGAGUCAUUCUUAAUGUUAAAAGUAACACCUGUCAAUCUCUGUACAAACAAUAGCAUUUGUCCUUGAAAUUCCCCAAAAAAAAUUUUACACCGUUGUUACACCGUUACCAAAUUGGAGUUGGCUGUAUAAAGUAAAUAAACUGGCCAGUGUGAAACACACAACACAUAAGCAUUAGAGCUACACAUGAAAUAGCUUCAAUCAAAGGCAUCUGUUUUGUAUAGUUUUAUUAAGGAUUGUAAAUGUAUUUGCACUUUAAGAUUCAGGUUUGCCUGUGUUUUUGGGGACAAUGUUAACUGGUUGAGGUGCUAAAUGUUUGACUUCUCUUCGUAGUGUGUUUGUGCUUUGUAAGAGUGUAAUGCAUAGCUCGUUAAAAUGGGUGUUAAAUCCUGUGGGCUUAGAAACACUUGUUUGUUUGUUUUAGAUAGUUUUACAGGUUUUUACUUGAAUGUCUUUUUUUUUUUUUUAGCUGUCAAAGAUGUAUUAAGCUGACCUUUUGCUCAUGUAGGCACAUUUUAUGUUAUCUGUUUAAAAAAAAUAAAAUGGACUUAAUUAACA